AUGUCUCGUUCUCUAUCCCCUCCCUUUCCUAUAGUUGAAGAUGAUCUAGAUGACGUAGUACUAGCUCUAGCUAAUCUACCUCUCGAUCUAUCAAACCCGUUAAUUCUGGAAUACCGAGUUCUAGAAACAGAGCCUCUUCCUGAUCCCGAUACCUUCGAUUAUCCUCUUCUCGAUGACGAUGUUGAAAUAGCGGGUAGUCUUGGUGUCCUUGAACGAUAUCUCUCGAUUAAUGUCUACUAUGGUAAGAACGACGAUAGCGAGAAUGACAAUAGUGUUAUUUACCUUUCUCAAUUCGACUACGUCGAUAAGAUCCUUGCUCGCUUUGGACUCGAGAACUGUAAGCUAGUGGCGAUACCGAUGGACGAGAAACAACCCUUGAUUGAACGUCUUACGUUAGAAGGCACUGCUUUAAAAGCAGAGAUUAAAGAAUUCUAA